GACUGCUUGUGAUAACCUACACUGAUGCGUAUUGACAUUUGCACUUUAGAUUAGACUCACGCGAGGGCGCAUCCUAACCGACGUCCGACUCAUCCGAGAUCGCCCCGAGGGACUGGCCACGGGGCAGAUAGCGAUAAGUGCUACAAGGGAUCUCUUUCCCCGUCGCUUCCGGCGGGCGCCAUACGUUCCCUCCCAUCAUCCAUGAUGUGGCUGAGACUGACCUGCAGGCGGCUCAUCAGCGCCAGGACACACGCUUUCAGCUCUGGUCGGUCUCUGUCGACGUCGUCUCGUCCCAUAAAGCCUGCUUCCCGACUAUCUCAGAUUGGAUUGGCAACUGGAGGUAUCCUCACUGCAUCUUUGCUGCUCGAAAAUGCCGUCGAUACUAUCCAUGCCGAUGCCGCUCAUCCUGAUGGCAAGGCGCAGUCCGAAAGGCCACCUACCCCUCUGUCUGCUCUGAUCAGAGCAUACAUCGUGUAUUCAAUGUGCUCGAUUCCACCACUCAUCGAUUACGCGCCUAGCAUCCUCUCUAUUCUUUCUUCUGUACCAGGAUUGAAGCAGAUAACGGAGGCGAUCGUCCGGGUGACCUUCUUCGAUCAGUUCGUGGGCGGUGACACGGCGGAGGACGCUCUUCCAUUGCUGGAGGAACUUCGCGCAGAGAACAAAGGCUGUCUAUUCGCGUACAGUGUCGAAGUCGACGAGGCCGAGGCAGCUGGUACAUCGAGGGAAGAAAGGCAAGCAGAGCAGUCCGUACAUAAGCGGAUUGUUGCCGAGACACUACACUGCAUCGACGUCGCGGCCGACUUUGAGGACGAGCAUUCACGCAAUGGUAAACCUGAUGUGCAAGGACGCAAAACUUGGGUCGCGAUCAAGCUGACCGCAAUGUUGCCACGCGCGGAGACUCUUUACAACUUCUCGAGACAUCUGGUAGCCAGUCGACCUGCGGCAUCGCCACCUAUUCCAUUCCCUGGCCGACCACUCCCCACGGACUUCGAUGUACUCUUGUCUACUUCACCGGCUGAUGGCCCUCUAACGAGUGAUGACAUUUCGGAUUUGCGAGAAUUGUUUGAGGACCUCCGUUCAAUUGGUAGGCGGGCUGAGGAACGGAACGUGCGAAUUAUCGUCGAUGCCGAGCACAGUUGGUAUCAACCGGCCAUAGAUGCCUUCGCACUUUCCCUGCAACGCGAGUUCAACAAACUUCCGGAUAGGCCACGGUCCUUCUUCCGUUCAUCACCGCCGGUCGAGCCAGCCGGCGCGCAGCCGCUGAUCUACCAGAGCUACCAGGCGUACCUUCAUCGCACACCAGAAUAUUUGAAGCAGAGCAUCGAGGCUGCCCGCGCGGGAGGCUACGCACUCGGCGUGAAGCUCGUCCGCGGCGCGUAUCAUCCACAGGAGCUGGCCUCAUACGCCGCUGCCCACAGCGCCUCCUCCGCCUCCGCCUCCCAUGGCAGCUCACACUCCGUCUCACCUGACCCAAUGCCGCCAGUGCGCCUCACGAAGCCGGACACGGACGACUGCUACAACGAGUGUGCGGCGAUGCUGCUCCAGCAGGUGCGGAAAGACAUCGACGACGAGGCACCGAGGAUCGGGGUUCUGUUUGGGACGCACAACUGGAGGAGCUGUGAUCUGAUCUUGAACGAGCUGCUCAAACUCGCGAUUGCGAGGAAGGACGAGACUGGCGCUGUGACCAUGCCUGUGGAGACAACCGAGAGGGUUACGAUUGGGCAGUUGUAUGGCAUGUGUGACGAUCUGACAAACUCGCUCGUCGACCGGACGCGUUCCGACUCGCCCUUUGUGAUCAAGUACAUUCCUUACGGUGCAUUGUCCGAGGUCAUGCCCUAUCUGAGCCGUCGCGCGAUAGAGAACAAGUCGGUGCUCGGGAAUGGCAGUGCAGCUGAAGAGCGUAAGAGAGCUAGCGCGGAGAUCUGGGCACGACUGUUCGGCUGAGGCAGUGAUGUGUAUUCUGCACUUGAUCACAUCUAGUACCGAUCGCGGAUUCCCUUCACUGUGUGGAUUCUCGACGUGUACUAACUGAGAUAGACUGGCAAUGCCUGUGCUUUUAGAUGUGUCAUUUCUUACCGUUUCCUUCAUCGUGUGGACAAUCGAUGGGUACUAACUGAGCUAGACUGGCAAUGUCUAUGCUUUUAUAUGUGUCAUUUUAUAAAAUACGAACAGUUGACAAAUUUCAUAGCAGAAUAGUAGACGAACUGUUUCUCCAAUUCCUCACCUCAUCGCAGAUAGAAAUACAAAAAC